CCGGGGCCGCAGCGUGCUCGCCCCCGCCGCCAGCUCGCCUCACUUAUGGGUCGGAAGCGCUGCGUGGGGGAGACUGUUCCAAGAUGGCGGCGGGUUGCUGUGGGGUGAAGAAGCAGAAACUGUCCAGUUCGCCCCCCUCUGGCUCGGGCGGCGGUGGUGGCGCCUCCUCCUCCUCCCACUGCAGCGGGGAGAGCCAGUGCCGAGCCGGGGAGCUGGGACUAGGAGGCGCCGGGACGCGGCUCAACGGGCUGGGCGGGCUGAGCGGCGGCGGCGGCGGCGGCGGCUGUACCCUCUCUCCCCCCCAGGGCUGCGGCGGCGGCGGCGGCGGGGGCAUCUCGCUGUCUCCACCUCUGAGCUGCGGAGUGGGAACCCUACUUUCUACUCCGGCCGCCGCCACCGCCUCCUCGCCGUCCUCCUCGUCCUCAUCCCCGGGCUCCCGGAAGAUGGUGGUGUCAGCGGAGAUGUGCUGCUUUUGCUUCGAUGUGCUCUACUGUCACCUGUAUGGAUAUCAGCAGCCCCGGACCCCCCGCUUCACCAACGAGCCCUACCCACUGUUUGUAACAUGGAAGAUUGGUCGAGACAAAAGAUUGCGUGGAUGCAUAGGUACUUUUUCUGCCAUGAAUUUGCAUUCAGGACUCAGGGAGUACACACUUACCAGUGCCCUUAAAGACAGCCGUUUUCCACCAAUGACAAGGGAUGAGCUGCCACGACUUUUCUGUUCGGUGUCUCUGCUCACUAACUUUGAGGAUGUCUGUGACUAUUUGGAUUGGGAGAAGGACCUUGAGAUGGAGUGGAAGAUGCCAUUAUGGAAAUCCAGUCCUUGUCCGAAGCUCUGCUUUGAGCAUUGUUUUCAGUGCCAUGGAACAUUGGGAUGCUUUGCACUUACUGGCCAUCUCCAGAGGAUUUGCUGGGUAUCAGCAAGGCCUCGUGCAGAACAAGAAGCCUAAGGAGGAGGCAAGCAGUUAAAGCAACUUCUUAGAAGGGGAUUUAGUCCAUAAAUAUUUGCAUUACUCAUUUGGACCCUUAGGGAAUGGGCAACAGAGUCCAUCCUCAGGUCUCCUGCCUUCCUGUCUGUAUUGUUUGGUGGAGGAAGUUUCUGUUUCCUUCCCUAGAAUCCACACUGUCUUCCUUCUGCUUGCCUAGGCUCAGUAACAGUUCUUUCAUCGGCAGUUUGCAUAUAUCCUCAGCAUUUAAUUUUUUUUUCAAGUGAUGAAUUCUGAGAACAAGGAGACUUGGGUUCUGUUCUUAGCUGCCCCUACCCCAGUUCUGUGACCUUUCUGGACCUCAGUUUCUAUACUAGGAAGUUGAAAAGGUUGGACUAAGGUCUCUUUGACAGAGUGUGGUUCUGUGGCAGACUCCCUUAAAAAAAUGGCUUCUGGUUCAUUUUACAUCCAGAGAAUGAAUCAGCUAUUUAGAAAUCAUAAAAAGAGUUCCCUAACUUUUGAAAUGGCCAUUGUCAAUGUAAAUGUUGGCCAAAAAUUGUCAAAGAGCCCAUUUUUUAAAAUUAUGCAUUCUACUUUUGAUUUUCACAAAGAAUUCUCUUGGGUAACAAAAUAUUCUAAGCCAUUAAUGCCUCUGUUUUAUUACUGUCAUGUCUUCCUUUAAGUCAGCAUUUUACAUUUAAAUGUAAGGGAAACAGUCACACUAGGGAGAGAUUAUUCAUUUUACAAGUGGUGCUUUGCUUUGCAGAAGGAUUCAGUGUAGUAUCUUUAUUGUCUUCCUUGUGAUUUCAAGAUUAAUUUAUUUUCAUAAAUUCAACCCCCAUGUAGCUGUUUAGAAACAAACCUCUUCCAUAAACUGAGCUAACCCAUAUUGAGUUACAUAUUCAAUGUACAGUUAGGACUUGAAUAUGAUUUUUCUUAAUUUCUUACCAAGCAAAGAUUUCCUACAGAACAGGUUUGAACAGAGAUACCCUCUGUAGCCCAGUCUUUGAAGAGUAAAUUAAUUCAUAGCUCUAGGUUUUGAAAAAUAUAAAUAACUUCAGUUUCCCCAUUUUUAAUUUCAUCUCCUUUGUCAUUUCCUUUUUAAAGAAUGGUAGGAAUGCAUUUUUAUAAGAUUUGAUGAAAAGUGGGCCUUUUAUUUAGAGGUAUGUUGCCUGAACUUUGCAUGGGGAGCUUCAGUGUAUUCAGUUUUCUGAAUGCUUAUUAUAAUUAGUCAUAAUAAAGAAGUGAUUUUCCCCAUAAUUACACUCUGAGCUAUAACUUGUUCACUGUAAACCUUUGAGUAAGAGCAUUUUCUUUCAUUGAAAAUGAUAUAUAAAUAUGUUCAGCUUCAUAGCUUUUUAAUGCACCACUUCAUUAAUACUGCUUUAUUUAAAAUCUUAACUGAUUCUUUAAAAGGUCAUAGGGGUUAUUGUUAGAGAGUUCAGGCACUUUAGAGUGUCAAGCUAUUAGGUAAAAUAAAUGCUAUAUGUGAUUUUUGUUCAUGGGCCUUUGUGACUAAAUUGGCAGGCUGUGUUCUUUAUAGACAAGAUGUCUGAGUCUCCUACAUGAAUCAAAAUUACUACAACAGCUAAGAACUGGUCUAACUGCACUAAUUUAUUGCUAAGCUAAGGUGACUAAUUUACAGGGAUUUUAGACUAUAGCAGCAUAUAUGUAUUUUAUUCAAGGAGAUACUUGCAGUUGUUGCUACAUAACAGGAAAAAAAAUCCAUUAGCUGAGGUAGAUGAUGAAGCCAAGUUUUUAUAUUCAACUAUGUCAAAAGAUUACUAAUGUCUAGGUGAUUAAUUUAUAAUCAAUUAUCACUUUUGAUUUAUAUUCCUGUUUUUUUUCUACAAAACUUCUCAAGAGGUAUUGAGUGUAUUCUAAGAACUGGGUGGAUGAUACAUAAAAGCAGCCUAAGAUGUACUUCUUAUUGGCCCACUUCAGGAGAAAAAUAUUUUUAAGUCACUAAGUUGCCUGUUAGUCAUACUAGGGAUUAUGGGCUAAUACACCACCUUUCCUCCAUUAUAGUCUUCUAAAGAGAAGUUACAUGCGUGUUUUUUCUUAUUGACAAAAUAUUCAUGGUCACAGUGCUACAAUUCACAAAUCAAAAGCUACUAAGGGAAAAAGCAAAGAAAAAAAUCCAAAUUUCAGCAAGACUUUAAAAAUUUGUAAUUUAGCCAGAUUAUAAAGGGGUCAUGUUAACCAGAAAGACACCUUCAGAACUCCUGAAUUUCUGCUCAAACUGGUGGGUAAAGACAUGCAGCCAGCCACAGGACUGAGAAUUUGAAUGGAGGAUCUAGAGAAUAUACAGUCUAAUUUUUUUUGGUACUACUGAGUUUGGGGGUAAGCACUGAGUAGGAUCCAUACAGAUCAGUAUCAGCUUCUACGAUUAAAUAAUUCUACCCUAAGAAUUAUUCCAGAUUGCAAACUUGGAAUAAGUAGGCCCGCAUUUGAGGUACUGUCAUCUUUUAAUGUUGAAUUUUCUCUCACUAGGAAAAGUCACUAUUGUGAUAGGCUGAGCUAGAGUGGAAGAAAAUUGGUUGUGAUGUGAUGAGUUUGAGAGAGCAAUGUAUAGCACUGUGGAUUUGUAGUAUUUUCAGGGAAAAGAGGUAUCAAGUUUUUCUACUCAGAAGUAAGAGAGUCUGGGUCUGAUCCUGGACUGUCCUGUGCAGCAUUUGUUUCUGGCCACAAUAUCCUAGGCUGCUUUCUGGAUGCAUAUGUAUGUCAUCAGCAAUGCAAGCCUUGAAAGAGUUGGGAGUGUGCCAGACAUCCCUGUUCCUCUCAUUAAGAACUGAGUCCUUUCAUUUACUUCAAUAGUGCUGGUAUAUUAAGCCUGGCAGGUCAGUCUUUUGUGAAUGGCCAGUAACUGACUGUGUUGUUAAUUACAAAGCAUAUUUUGCCCAAAGAUUUUAUCUAAAAAGGCAUGCCAAGCAACUUUUAAUUCUCUGACCUCCUGCUAUAUGUUUCUUUAUGUUAUUCAAGAUGAACUUACUUUAUGGUGAGCCAUGGCCAUCCUGUUGGAAAAGCAUGAGGUCCCGAAAUGGGCGUUAAUGGAACUGGCCCUGCCACUACUGUCUGAGAUAAGAUAGUACCCGAGGAAACUGAUUAAUAUUCUUGGCCAAAAUAUUAUCAGGUGCAGAGUUAGCUUCAAAGGUCAGGACUUGGGACAUAAUUGUAGACCCCAGUGGUCAAAGGUUUCAUGGAGCCCACUCAACACCAGAGCACAUUUUAUAGGCAAUUAUACUCUUAGCCAGAUGCCUUUUUUCUUCUCUUUCAUGUUUUAACCUGUUCAGAUUGUCUGCUCACCGAUUAGGCUCGCCAGUAAAAGCAGGACCCUUUUGUAGUGCUGCCUGUGUAUUAUAGGACUAAUACUUGCCUUACAGAUAGAUGAGGCUUUAUUAAGCUUUGACUAUGCAGCUGUAGAGAACAUAAUAUGGACCAUGUAUUAUAAUGGAGUGGGAGAGGGCACUUUUUUUUAAUACUCUUAUGUUGAGGGUCACUGCAUUAGAGAAUAAUAAUUUUAAGUGAAACCACGUUUCUAACAAGGGGCCAGAUAAUGAGGAUAAAUGAAAUCUGUAGACAGUCUCGGGGCUUCAUUUCAGCCAUUAGUUAUAAUCUCUUCUACCAAACCUUUUACUAUGAAGCAACAUUGAUUAAUUUGCAUGUAUUUUUUCUCCCCACACAUGCUCACUGAUAGAAUGAACAAAUAGAGAAAUGGACAAGAGAGAAAAGAUGAUGGAGACUGAGGCCUGGUAGACUUGGGGAUGCAUAAACCCCAAACUGGGUAAUCAACUAGGGAAUAAUCAAGAUAACUUACAUUAAUCUUGAUAUGUAAUUAUUCUGAACAAUGUUUAAAAAUGAAAGAUUGUAUAAUAUCACUAGUAAAAAUGACUUGCUAUGGAAUGGCUCUGAAUAAAUAUGGCUUUCUUUUUAGCAUGAAAUAGAAAUCUGUUGAACUGGUCUGAAUGUUCACUCGACAUACAGAUAUAGCUCCCUUUAACUCCAUAUCCUCUUAGCUAUAAGUCCUACAUUUAAUAUACUACAAUUCUAGUUGAUUUAUAGCUCUACUUAGCAAAAGUACAGUCUUGACUAAAACAAUAUUAUAGCAGCUGAUGGACCUUGAAAGCAUUUUUUCUCAGACAUUCUAAUCAUUUUGAAACUGACCUGCAGAGUCCCUUGAAGCUAGAUUUGUAAGUCUCGAGGUUUUGCCUACGUGCCUUUUUUUAAAUUUUUUUUUUUGGGGGGGAGUGGGGGAGAGUGGUACAGUUAGGUAGGGAUAUAUUACUGCCUGAUUGCCAUUCUGUACCUAGAUACUUUCUCUUUUUCCAUCCUAAGACAGUUACUAAGAUAGUUUUAGAGCACACUUACUUCAUGGAACCCCAGUUCUCUAUGUAACUGAUCCCAUAUCUCAUUGAUAUAUAGUCAAUAUACAGUCAACCAUAGCUGUUAUGAAACAGCCCAGCAAAAGCCAUUUAAGGGAGAAAGCAUUUAUUCUGGCUUCCAGUUCCAUGGGGAAUACAGUCCAUUGUAGUACCGAAGGCAGGGUGGUAGGAGAUGAGGCGAGCACCUCUCCCAGUGCAUCCAUCAACAGUUGAGAAACAGGCAGAGAGAACAAGAGGUAGGUCCAACUAUAAAGCCUUACUCGCCCCCACCACCUGAAUUACUUCUUCCAGCAAGGCUCCACCUUCUAAAAGGUCACAAGCUGGACACGCAUGUUCAUGUACAGGAGCUUAUGGGGGAACUUUUCAUAUUCAAACCACGGCAUCAUUCACUUUGGUGAAGAAGACUUAGGUUGCAAAGUCAGCGAUUUCCAUAGACUGAUCAGAAUUGGCUGCUUCCACUCUCCUGUGUUAACUUCUUCAAUGUAACUAUUUGUUGGCAUCCGUGGUCCAAGUACAAUAAAAAAGCCACUGCUUAACAAGUACCAAAGAGAACAUUAUUCCCAUUCUCCUUGUUCUGCUAGUUGAAAAACGAGUCACCCGAGUUUGGGCUUCUAGCUUUGUGGAAUAGCUUUCUGACCUGUGAAAGCUUCUCACAAAGCAUUUACUUUAAAAUGACCAUAUUUAUAGGAACUUUCAGUUCUUCAAAUCAUAGGAACCCAGAAAAGUAAAUGGCUUUUUUUUUUUUAAAUCAAAUUUGAUGCCUGGGCCUUUUCACAAUAAAAAAGUAAAUAAACAAUCCUGUUGUUGAGUAAUUUUUAUUUUAUUCAACAUGUCCAAGUUUUGAUCUCAGAUAAACAGGUUUUGAAGAAACAAUUCAUAUAUACCAUACAAUUAGUCUUAGCCUCUUUUAAUUAUUAAAUUACUGAGAUUUAAAAUGUCAGAGAUUCUCAUCGAAGAGAAUGUGUUCCUAUAGAGGAUUAUAUGUCUAAACUAUCCCAUCAUCUAAGUAAUUAUUUUCCCCCAAUAUGUAGGCACAGAGCUUGUGGUUUGCCAGAGCUUGCAUGGUUAUUAGAGAUUAUCUAGUUUAGCAUGUUAACAAUUGUCAGGAGGUACAAACCAUCCCUGCUGAAAUGUGAGCAACCCUGCAAUUCCGAUAAUGUUUUCAUCCCCUUCCUCUCUCCGAGACAGUUAAAUAUCGCUGAUCUUUGCCUCACACUCUCAUCGUGCAGAUAAGGAACCCGUCUCAGAGUUGUGACUAGACAUCUUAAUAACACCAAAAUUAUUUUCAAUUUUAACAUGACAGAUUUUUGAUAAAUAGAGGUAACGAUUCAAAAUUCACUGCAGUGAAUGAUAGAGCAUAAAUUACCUGUGCUGUGUAUUUUGAAGAAACAAAUUAUGAAGCAUCUGAUACUGUCAGAGACUAAACUUUCAGAGUCACUGAUCAGGACGUUAGUAUAGAGAAAGUGUCAGAUCUGUUAUUGCCUCAAUGCUGUGUCAUACUUUGGGGUGACUGGUAGAUGCCCUUCAUCCUGGAAAUAAUUUGAUAACUAAACAUUCAUGUUUCCCCUCAGCUGUCCACAGUCACAUCCCACAGUGCCUGAGAGGCCUUACUGCGAUGGUUUUUAAACAGCUGUCCUGGUUGCAUUUUUAGCAAGAGGAGAUUCAUGGGAAUAUUGAUAUCUAAUAGAUAGAAUAGCCACAGGGGCACACUUUAAUAAUAAUUAAAACAGUAAUUGCUCAAAAGAUCUGACAGGCUCAAAGGGUACAUGUAUGAAGACAGGAUGAAAUCCACUCCCCAGGGGACAUUUCAUUCCCUGAAAAACUAGAAAACUUCUGCUGAAGGGCAGAAAGAGCAAAAGAGAUUCUCACUGGUACCUUUCUCCUCUAAAACCUUAGCAUGUAUCCACACAUGGAAAGCAUAUGCCUGUCUUCACUUAUCUGCUCUAAAGAGAAGUCUGUCUGGGAAUGGUGUGUCCCUGCCUUUCCAUCUGCCCUCCAUUGCAUCAGGCAGCCCUAUCCUCUUCCUGGGGACUCCUAACCUGAGGUUCCUAGAAAAAUGAGAGAAUAGAAUAGGAUGGUCCUACUCUAAACUUUACAUUUUUAUUAACAGUGUCUUGAAAGAAGUUAAGAACUUUGAAUAAUUUCUCUUCAGCAUUGUGUGCUAUUCUAUGAGGGGAAAGGACCACUUCCUUUUGAUUAUAUGCUAAUCAAAGGGAAAGCACAUUGGUUUUGCUUCAAAACAAAAUAAAAAGUAAAAACCAAAACAUUAGCAACCAAUCUUCCUACAGCCAAUGGACUUCUCUUUUUGGGUAUCACUAAAAGUUUAUUUCACACUUUAAAAUGUUAUACAAAUGGCCGGGCAGUAAUGGCGCACACCUUUAAUAAUUUUUAAGUUAUCCCAGCCUCGGGAGGCAGAGCCAGGCGGGUCUCUGUGAGUUUGAGGCCAACAUGAUCUACAGAGCAAGAUCUAGGACAGGCAUCAAAACUACACACAGAGAAACCCUAUCUCGAAAAACC